CAUUUUCUGCUCCAGUCUUCCAUUUCUUUUACUCCUUUCCAUUUGCCACCCAGAAAGGUAACAAGAGAGUGGUAGUGCAAAGGUAAGCUACAAGGGGACGGCAAGCGUCUUUCAAUUUUGGUUCAUUCAUAUUCGGGGUGACAACUUCUUCACCCACCGACUUUUUUGAUAAUCAACGGGCGUCGACGCCCCAUUCGCAGGACCCUCUAUGGGAUCCCCCUUACCAAGACAGCGUUCACGCGCAAACCUCAAACAUGCACUCCCUGCGCCACCAUCCACUCGCUCACUAGCAUCGAUGGCAGGUAACAGCCCGACAUCGUCUCCUACGCCUCAACGACGCUCUGAGAUUACGGCCGACGCACUUCGGUCUCACCUUUCAAGCUUGUUAGAACAAAAGUCGUCACAACUUCAAAUGCUGGGAACAAUGGGCCAGGAGAUUCUGAGACAACAGCAAGAGCUCGAAGAGCGCAUCCGGGACUUUGAAGGUGAAGGAAUAGAAGGGGAUGCCAUCGCGGAGGAGACCAAGGAAAAACUUAGAGAGCUUGACGAAGCAAUGAAAGCUUGGGAAAAUCAGAAUGAAGAUAUGAUGAGAGAGCUCGGAGGAAAGAUGCCUGAGAGCUUUCAAGGUCCGGCUGUUGCCACAGUACCGUCCUCAACCAAAGCUGCAGCUCAACCUAAUAAUCUCACGCGGCGACAGCGCAAUACCCAGCAUCGACAGCUUGACAUGGAGUUUGCGACUGAGAUUGGUCAGAACCUUCUGGUCGAAGUUCGGAGGCUUCAAGCAUUGUUGAGUGAAAGGGACCGCGCUCUGGAAAAGCUUUCCGAAGAAAAGGAGACUUGGGAACAAGAAAGUCAGACCCUAUUGAUUGCUGUAAGGGCUGCAGAAAGCAGCGUUGACCGUUACAAAGAAGAGAACUGGAACCUUGAAGUAAAUCUACAAGAACUUCGUUCAUCUGUUGCCGACAUGCAAGAUCAGCUCACCAAGGCCAAUGCCGAGCAAGCACGCCUGCAAAAAACCCUCGUAUCCUCUCGCGAGGCUGCUGAAGCUUACAAGACCGAAGCCGAGAAACAUGCUCAGGCUAUCGAAGAACUCAAAGCCAAGCAUGAGACUGAUAUGGCCCAGGCUAGAAGGACGACUGCUGGCUUGCAACGUGACAAAAGCGACUUGUUAGGGGAACUCAAUCACGAAAGACAGCGGCGAGUCAGCGCACGAGGCAGAAUGUCCCAGAGCUUGAGCGCUAGCCCUGGCAUGCUCAGUCCUAACCACCUCGACAGCGACGAAGACGAUGUCUUUGCAGCUGGUGGAAAAGGCAACUCCAGCCCUACCAAACGCGGUCCUGGCUUUGACGCCAACGAUAAUGCCCUUUCGCCUUCUCAGCUUUACGAAUCCGACUUUGACUCACCGAACCCUACGCCCUCUAAACCAUUCCCCCGAUCACCUCUUGGAGAGAUGUUUGUCAGUGAGAACGAUGAGCUCCGUGAGAAACUUCGGGUCGCUGAGCAAGAAAUUGAAGCUCUCAAGAGCGAAAAUGAGCGAGUCCGACUUGGCAGCUUUUCAAAGAAGGAAAGCGUUGUCGAUGAGUUUGGCACUCGUGCUCCUGCAGGUGAAUGGGAGGAAGAUGAGCACACGAUUGGUGCUUCAAGUCGAGGCCGAGGUUCUACCCGGGGCAGACGUGGUGGACGAGGAAAGAAUUUUGCCGCCAGUAUUGGCCGCAAAUUUGGUUUCAACAGAGCAGUUUCUGGCCUCAGCACCCCCAACGCUGGCGACAGAAGCUUCAACUCAACGAGCUCUGGCACUCCCGAUCUUUUGCGCCCUCGAGACAUGUCCGCGAGCCCCGCUCCUUCCGUUAUUGGUGGCGAAACGUUGGGCAACGUCUUGGGCAAUCGCUCUGUUGAGAGGCUCGGAUCUGCCUCACCUUUCAACACGCCUUCCAUCGACAGUCUCAAGGCUAACUUUGGUCAGCCUACAGCUCUUGCCGAUGAAAUCGGUGCGCCCAUCGAGCCAUCUACCGACUAUGUCGACGCUGGUAUCAUGACUGAUAAAUGGUCACCGGAGAAGCCAAUCAUGCCUGGUACACAGUCGCCUGCUGUUAUCCCCUCACCUACCACGCCUACUGAACUCAUUGCCAGCUGGGGUGCUGAAACACCUAAACGCGGUGUCAGGGAUGAGUCGCAGUUUGCCAACCUUCCUCCUCUCCCUCCUCCUCCAGCAACCCCCACAGCUGCUGGUGAUACUACUCCCACCAAGAAGAAUACUCCUCUUCCUAUGCCCAGCAGGCUUCAGCAAGUCUUUGCGCCCAUUUCUAUCGAUGAUAGUAUGUCUAUCACUACCGAUACUGAUGCCGACGACUAUGAAUCGGCUGCUGAGACGAUCGGCUCCCUCACUCCUAACCGAACCCAAUCCGAGCUCCCUACCGACACCGAAGCCUACCAAACUGGCCGAGAAUGGCCCAACGAGAGCAGCGCAGAGGACAGUGACACGGAGGAAGUGCAAGAACAAGAGCACACUUUGCGUGGUCUGAAGGCCUCUUCUACCAUAGGUUUGGGCUUGGCCAGUGCCGCUGCUGGUGGAUGGGCUGCUGCUAAGCAAGCACACAAAAUGGCCAGUAGAGACAGAAUCGCCGACGCUCCUGUCGAGAAGAUCGUCGAGAAGAUCGUCGAAGUCGAAAAACGCAUUGAAGUCCCUGUCGACAGGAUUGUCGAGGUUGAAAAACGCGUUGAAGUACCUGUGGACAGAAUCGUCGAGGUUGAAAAAAUUAUCGAAAAGAUUGUCGAAGUCCCGGUUGAGAGGAUUAUCGAGGUCGAAAAGAUCGUCGAAAUACCAGUUGAAAAGAUUGUGGAGGUUGAGAAGAUCGUCGAAGUCGAAAAACGCAUUGAAGUUCCUGUCGACAGGAUUAUCGAGGUUGAGAAACGCGUCGAAGUACCUGUGGACAGAAUCGUCGAGGUUGAAAAAAUUAUCGAAAAAAUUGUUGAAGUCCCGGUUGAGAAGAUUAUCGAGGUCGAAAAGAUCGUCGAAAAGAUUGUCGAAGUCCCGGUCGACCGAAUCGUCGAGGUACCUGUAGAAAAAAUCAUUGAAGUGGAGAAACUCGUCGAAGUGCCGGUUGAGGUCGAAAAGAUCGUCGAGAAGAUCGUCGAGAAGAUCAUCGAGGUACCGGUGGAAGUUGAGAAGAUUGUAGAAGUUCCCGUGGAGAAAAUUGUGGAGGUUGAAAAACGGGUUGAGGUCCCCGUAGAGGUGGAGAAGAUUGUUGAGGUACCUGUCGAGGUCGAAAAGAUCAUUGAGAAAAUCGUGGAAGUUCCCAUCGACAAGAUCAUUGAAAUCGAGAAGCGAGUGGAAGUCCCUGUCGAAAUCGAAAAGAUCGUCGAGGUGCCUGUGGAGACAAUUGUCGAGAAAAUCGUUGAAGUUGAGAAGAUCGUGGAGAAGACUGUUGAGGUCCCAGUCGAAAAGAUCAUCGAGGUCGAAAAGAUUGUCGAAGUCCCCGUCGAAAAAAUCAUCGAGGUUGAGAAAAUCGUGGAAAAGAUCGUUGAGGUCCCAGUCGAAAAGAUCAUUGAAGUUGAAAAGAUUGUGGAGGUCCCCAAGAUCAUUGAGGUUGAAAAAGUGGUGGAGAAGAUUGUUGAGGUUGAAAAGGAAGUCAUAAAGGAGGUGGAAGUGGAGAAGAUAGUGGAAAAGAUUGUUGAGGUGGAGGUUGUCAAGGAGGUGCCUGUCAAUGUUGACGUCGAAAAGAUUGUAGAACGGGUCGUGGAGGUCGAAAAGCCCGUCGAAAAGAUUAUUGAGGUGCCAAAGAUUGUGGAGGUGGAGAAGAUUGUGGAGAAGGUGAUAGAAGUCAUCAAGGAAGUACCCAAGGAGAUCGAGAUCAUCAAGGAAGUGGAGGUGGAGAAGAUUGUUGAAGUCAUCAAGGAAGUGGAGGUGGAGAAGAUUGUUGAAGUCAUCAAGGAAGUUGAGGUUGAAAAAGUGGUCGAGAGGAUUGUUGAGGUGCCAGUGGAGGUUGAGAAGAUUGUUGAGGUCGAGGUGGAGAAGCGAGUCGAAGUACCGUUUGAAGUGGAGAAGAUUGUUGAAGUUGAAAAGGUUGUUGAGGUGCUGGUGGAAGUGGAAAAGAGAGUGGAAGUACCUGUGGAAGUUGAGAAGAUUGUGGAGAAGACGAUUGAGGUGCCGAUGGAGGUUGAGAAAAUCGUGGAAAAGAUCGUUGAAGUUCCGGUUGAAAUCGAAAAACGCAUCGAAGUCCCGGUCGAAGUCGAAAAGAUCGUUCAAAUCCCCGUUGAGGUCGAAAAGAUCGUGGAGAAGAUGGUAGAGGUGCCUGUUGAGGUGGAAAAAAUAGUCGAAAAGGUGGUGGAGGUGCCUAUCGAAAUUGAGAGGAUUGUUGAAGUUCAGAAGAUUGUCGAGGUGCCUGUCGAGGUCGAGAAGAUUGUCGAAAGGAUUGUGGAGCUUCCCGUCGAAGUGCAGCGAAGAAUUGAGGUCCCGGUCGAGAAGAUCGUGGAGGUCGAAAGGAUUGUUGAGGUCGAGAAGAUUGUGGAGGUACUAGUCGAAAAGAUUGUCGAAGUCCCUGUCGAGCGUGUCGUCGAGAGGCAAGUCGAGGUUCCGGUCGAAAUCGAACGCAUUAUCGAACGACGAGUUGAGGUUCCGAUCGAGAAGAUUGUCACCAUCGAAAAGCGCAUCGAAAUUCCCAUCGAGAGAAUCGUCACUGUGGAGAAGAUUGUUGAAGUCCCUGUUGCCGCCAACAAAUCUCUUUUCUCCGACUCUACCUCUCAAACCGAACCUCUUGCCUCUGUGAACUCCUCGUCGCUUGCCCCCAAUCCCGACAUCGGUUUGUUCCGUGUCACACCUGGUACAAGUUACGACUUCCUCAAGGCUCCUCCGUCGACUGUUCGUCGAGUCUCUGCGGACAAUCUUGCGGCUGUUGCCAGUGGCUCCGCCGAUUCCACAAAGACAGUCGAGACGAAGAGUGUACCUACUUCUCCUGCGGACAAAUCUCAGCCGCCAAUGAUGAACCUUCCCCCUCCACCUAGCAACCCACCGCCUAGUCGUAUCGGCAAGAAGAUGUCAAUGGGUCCUCCUCCUUUGCCUACCUCUCCCCACCCCGACGACUUCCUUCAACGGGCAACGAGCCCCGCAUUCCAAUCCACCGUUAAUCGGCGCUCUUCGACGCGUACCGCUCCAUCUGCUGCUGGAGCUGCUAUCCGUGCUUCUGGUGGUGACAUGCCGCCCCCAGCCUCUACCUCGCGUAAACCGUCAAGAAGCAGUUUCAAGCCCGCGGCUUCUGCUCAAGCCACGCCUGUCAGGGAUGAUGUCAAGUCUCGCCAAAGCGUCAGGCGCCGCACAGACAACACCUUUGCUUCCAGCGGUUACACCUCUGCCAACUCUAGUGCCACUGGUCAUGAUCAACUCAUAGAACAUGAUCGCAACCCUUCACUCUCGUCAUUCGAUAGCUAUGCCGGGACAGUCCCGAAGCCGCGUGGUGUACCUACGGCAGGCUCAACCGAUCCCCAAACAAUUCACGCGAUUACGCAGACGAUGAUUGGAGAGUAUCUGUACAAGUACACGAGGAGAGCAGUCGGCAAGGGUCAGAGUAGCAACAGACACAAGAGAUUCUUCUGGGUACAUCCAUACACCAAGACUCUGUACUGGAGCACAGAGGAUCCGGGAAGUAGCAGAGCUUCCGAGAGUUCGGCCAAGAGUGUGUUCAUCUCGAACGUCAAGGUUAUCGAGGACACUAACAUCCAACCUCCUGGUUUGUUCACCAAGAGUAUCGUCGUGUCUACUCCUGGGCGAGAAAUUCAGAUCACUGCACCUACACAAGAGAGGCAUGAGCUCUGGAUGUCUGCACUGCAGUUCCUUUUGCAAAAGCAGAGUCCUGAAGCCAACAAUACUCUCGCCGAGACCACUGUUCGAAACAGCUCUCGCCCGGCUCUUGCCUCAAUAGCCGACGAACAAGGCCGACUUACAAUGCCCAAAUCUCCCCUGUCUCUUCGUUCAUUUGGCUCUGAGCGCCAUUCUCUCAGUAAUAUUACCCCCAAAGCCAAUCGCAGCCACUCGACCAUGAGUAACUACCCUCGUUCAGCGUCGACGAUGGGUAAAAGGGCAGGUACAGUAGCACAUGAGUAUACGAGAAGGCACGAAGUACCUCAACCAUUCCAUGGUGGGCACCGGUACAAGGGGCCUUAUAAGGGAGCACCAAUUGUAGACGACGAAUUCGAUGUAGUGUCACGGGAAGAUGGAGAGGAUAUGGAUACUUCAUUUGAAGGCCUUGAGAAUGUUAGAGCGUGCUGCGAUGGCAAACACCUUGUCGGCCAGCAUAAUCACCAUCAUGACCAUCCCAAUGUCCCUCGGACACCUGCUCGGGCGGAGACACCAUCUCUGCGCGGCUGGUCUAUGCGUUCAGGAAGAGCGUCCAACGUGCUUAGCGACGGAGAAAGUAUCUUCUCAACAGCCAAGAAGAGGGAAGAACGAUCAAAAUCUGCCAUGGGACAUAGGGAUAGGAGGGAUGGAGCAAAGAGUCCUGCUAUGGGGUCGUUGAGGAAUCUCAAGCAGGCAUAGUUUCAAAUAGGUUUCCUUCUUGACAAUUUCGGGACGUUUUUUUGUGAAUCGAUGGUUUCUUUUUUUUGUCUCCUUCCGUAUCUGUCUUUGUGACCUUUUUUGUGCAUAGACGAUUAGAGUAUCUAAUGUGCAUAUAUAUACCCUAUCUUGAAAGGAUGUAUAAUAUCGUCAGUGG